GCCGUUUCUCCACGAAUUCCCGCCUGCAACUGAACUUGGCACGGAACAGACGCGUCGGGUCAAAAGUAGAAGCAAAGGGGCCCAGAGUCAGCAGAAAGAGAAGAUGUACCGCAUCGAUGCGCACAAAGUGCUCAGUGCCAUCGAUGACAGCAAUCGUGGAGUCGUGGCGGGCAAAAUUCGGACUUCGGACUACGGACAGAGUACGGAUGAAACACGUCACGAACUUACAGACUCUACUGGUGAUCUGGCAGAAGCUGAGGCUGAGAUCCGUGGGCCGCAGCAUGAGCAUGAUGGACUGCAGCGUCUACGUAAGAUGUUGGCUACGACGCGCGCUGCACCACGCACCGACUCUGGAGGGACACCCGAGUCGAUCCUCCGUGUUCUUAGGCUCUACGAUACGUUGGAUGAUGGGAGUAAGCAAGAUGUGCGCCUCAAGGGUGAGCUUCUAACCUGGCUCUCCGCGCAGCAUGACGCCGAAGCGGACAUUCGAUGCGGCCUUCUGUACAGUUCUAUUCUUCUUGAGCAUAGGUCACUUUUGAUCUACCAGGCUGCGAUCGCCUCAUUUCUGCGCCGCGGUCUUCACAUUCACGCUGUGAAGCUGCAUAAAGAAGCUCUCAAGCAUAUACGGAAUGCCGAUCAAGUCACGAAGACGUUCUUUGAUUAUGCGGUCACGGAGAGCAAAUGGCAACUGGCAAUGAACGUGUUUUCGCAGUAUCGCCUACAUAAUGCUCAAGGUUCGCGAGGCGUUGAGCUGUUCUGGCUGCAUGUAUCCGAGCUCCCCAGGUUGCUUGUCAAAGCACUAUCUCUAGCCAAGUACUACCAUGCCAUGGAUCGGGCUGGAACAGCAAACCACGCAGUUCGCAGCUUCACUUGUCGCUUCUACGCCGAGGCAUUACUGCAGGAAUUCGAGGACGAAAGACACCCAGACCCGGCAUUCAACCCGAGAAAUCUUCCGAAAGGGGCAAUAGGUCGCUUAUUCGCGCAUGUACAGGCUCUUGACCAGGGAGCGCCGGAAAUCCACAAUCGACUAUUGAUUGCACUGUUACGGCCUCAUCGCAAAGGGCCAUACGUCUACCCUCAGAUACAUCGCAUCGUCUCCUACAUUUACCUCGCUCUACGAGAUUCUGAGACCAAGAUACAUGAGAAGACUUUUGAUCUACUUUUGAAGAGGCUCACGCAGUAUUGGGAUGAUCUGCAGCGGCAAAGUGAAAUUCACCAUAGUAUCACGGUACCAACUGUGCUCAAAGAUUGGCAAGGACACUAUGGCGUGCUUAGCCGCGAUGCAGUCAGCCAUGUUCUCUCCUGGUAUGCAAGUAGAGGCCGUGUCGACCAUUUCGACCGAUGGCUGGAAUAUUAUAAAGAGCACUAUUCUUCGUACGAGGAGUACAAAGCUGUUCUUCACAGUACAGUAUACCUCCACGCAAGACGGGCUGAUCUUCCAGCCGCAAGAUUGGCUUUCGAUGCUGCGGUACAAGCCGCGGCUCAGCAUAAGGAGACUCCACCGUUAUUAUGCUGGAAUGUACUGGUACAUGCCCACGCUCGCGUAGACGAUCUUGAGGGUGGGCUCGAGACACUGCAGAAUCUGAUCUCCAGUGGCUGCAGACCCGAUCACUACUCAUUCCACCCGGUCUUACAGAUGCUGGCCCAGCGAGGCGAUGUUGAAGGUGUUCAGGAUCUGCUCGUGCAAUACGACGGCAUCACGGAGGAGAAGCGUGAAGCCCACUUCGUUGGUAGUUUGCUUUUGGCUCAUACCAACAGUGGUGACGUUGAGGAAGGCGAGCGGGUUUUACAAGAGAGCAUCAAGGCUGCCAAGACUGGAAGCAUAAGAGGCUCGCUCACUGGAUCUUUCAACGCUUUGCUCACGGCCUAUGCUCUUCGACGCGAUGUGGACGCCACUAUGCGUAUUUACCACUGGAUGAGAGACGAAGGCAUUCGCAAAGACGCCAAUACCUACGCUGCGCUUAUUCAAGCGUUAGCUCUGCAUCGACAAACACCAGCUGCAACCAAGAUUCUCAAAAGUGUUAUGCCAAAAGAGCGUAUCAUGCCCACUGCUUUCCAUUAUGCCAUCGUGAUGACCGGCUUUGUCAACCAGGGAAUGGUCGACCACGCCCUGCGCAUGCACAAAGACAUGCGAACGAGAAAUAUUCGACCGACAUUUACUUCCAAACUGAUCUACCUUAAGGCCAAAGCGAUCAAAGAACAUCAGAUGAAAGGUGGGAAGGAAGCAGUCACGCCGCUUUCGGACACCAUGGCUGAAUUGAAAAUUAUGCUAGCCAAUAGCCUCGAUAAUGAUGUUGCAGCACACCAGCCAGGGCUAGCGCUGGGCUCGCGGCAGGACAAUAAUGGGACUCCUGCAGCGUACUUUGCCUUUCUCAUCUACGUGCAUGGUAGACGAAGAUGCUUUGAGGCUGUCAAAGAGUUACUCAACCAGUACCAGACGAGGACUAAUACAGACGGACAGCACAAUGUACCUAUACAUUUGUUGACAGCGCUGAUGUCGGCCCAUCUUGUGGCGGGCGAAUACAGCGAGGUUGAAGGUUGUUGGCAGCUGGCGAAAGAGAGUGCUAAUCAGCUUGCGAAGACGAUACCAGUACCGCAGCUACAGGCUCUCGAACUCGAGCAGGACAAAGACAUAUCUUCACAGGCAGUAUUGGGAGUCCUCGAUCCAAAUGCAAGUGAUGCGCAGGAGGCUGGCUUUCGCACAAGCGACACAAACAACGCUGUCGUGGUAGAUCAGGCCAUUCACACUACAACAAGUGUACCGGAGCAAUCCUUGUUGGCCGCUAUGACGAGCGAAGCACCCACGUCGAGACCAUCACCGGGGCGACGACAUGUGCUAGCUCGCCCGCUUCGUUACUACCUUACCGCGUUACAUCGUCAAAAUCGGACAGCGGACUCGGUGUCUACAGUCACCAAGCUCAUCCGUCAAGGCUACACGCUCGACAACCAUACCUGGAACGGGUUCCUUACCCAACUAUGCCAAUCCGACCCACCACUUGUGCUCCUGGCCUUCACCCUCAUGGAGCGUCUAUUGAUCCCUCAUUUCCCUGGCUGGGCCGCCAUGCCUCCUGGGGGCGCACAUGCUCCAAACCCCUCUAGUAGAGCUGAAGGAUUGGAGUAUACCAAAGCCCGUUACCUAGCACCUGGACAACUCAUGCCUAAGUACCGCACCAUGGUACACCUUGGUUCUGCUCUCCUACAACUGAGAAGAAUCGAGGCUGUUGGUAGGAGAGGGCCGUUGGAUCGAUCGAUGUUCCGGGGCCUCGAGAAGUACAUCGGAACUCUCAAGGCAGUAAGGAAGCAGGCACCACGAACAUUGUUUGCUGUGCAAACGAUGCCUACGAUUGAUGAUGCGCUGCAGACUCGACUACUCGGAAGACGUGGCUGA